AUGUCUAAAAAAUCUGAUGUGGCUGAGACUGAGAAAUUCAAUAAGUCAAAAUUGAAGAAGACAGAAAUGCAAGAGAAAAAUCCAUUGCUUUCAAAAGAAAGGAUUGAAUAA